AUGAGUUUACACUGGAGAAUAUUUCAUGGAGUGAGGCAAAAAUCGCAAGUACCACUGCUGCAAGUGAUUGUAAAGAGUUAUAAUAAUACGUACAGGCAAUAUUCCACAGAGAAGAAAUAUACAUUUUCCCAAAAUGUACAUACACAGGAUUCUUAUAAAUCGUACGCAACAUAUGUUGCCAUUGCUGCAUCUGUUUUAGGUAUAUCGUACUAUACCUUCAAGUAUAAACAAAAUGUUUAUGCCCUCAAUGCAGCACAAAGUAUACAAUGUGGGCAAUUACGAAAGGACUUGUCGACCUAUACCCUGGAGGAAAUAGGAAAGCAUGACAGGAAAGAAAAUCGCAUUUGGGUCACUUUUAGACAAGGAGUGUACGACAUUACAGAAUUUGUAGAUAAACAUCCGGGUGGUCCCUCAAAGAUCUUAAUGGCAGCGGGAGGUUCGAUCGAUCCUUUUUGGUCGAUUUUUGCAAAUCAUAAUACCCCAGAAAUAUAUUCGUUGUUGGAAUCCAUGAGAAUAGGGAAUAUCUCGGAAGAGGAUGCCAGAUCCAAUACAAGUGAUUCGUACGACGCAUAUGCAAACGAACCUACCAGGCACAGGGCAUUAAUUGUUAACGGUCACAAGCCUUUCUGUGCAGAGCCGCCGUCUUCGAUGUUGGCUGAGAGUUUUCUUACACCAACCGAUCUUUUUUACGUCAGGAAUCACUUGCCUGUCCCCGAGAUAGAUCUGAAGAAUUAUGCAUUAGAAUUGGCAGUAGAAGAAACUACUAAAAAGACACUUGAUUUUGAGGCAAUAAGAAAAUAUAAAAGACAUACAAUAACAGCUGCUGUUAUGUGUGGUGGAAACAGACGUUCAGAUAUGUCGAAGAUAAAGAAACUAAAAGGGAUUAAUUGGAGUGUCGGUGCUGUUGGAAAUGCAACGUGGACGGGUGCAAGAUUAUGUGAUGUACUAAAGGAUUUAGGAAUUAAUGAAGAUGAAUUUGAGCAUGUACAGUUUGAGGGGUACGAUCUAGAUCCAUCUGGUACGCCGUACGGUGCAAGUAUCCCUAUCGCAAAAGCUAUCGAUCCGCGAGGAGACGUAAUAUUGGCAUAUGAGAUGAACGGUGAACCACUAAGCAAGGAUCAUGGAUUUCCAAUUAGAGUGAUCGUUCCUGGUGUCGUGGGUGCAAGAAACGUGAAAUGGCUCAGUAAAAUUUCUGUAUCAAGGCGAGAGAGUCAGUCGCAGUGGCAACAGGGUGACUACAAAGGCUUUUCACCGAGUACGGAUUGGGACAACGUCGACUUCAGUAAAUCACCCGCGAUACAAGAAAUGCCUGUAAUAUCAGCGAUUUGUGAACCACAAAGUGGAGAUGAGGUCCAAGUUAAGAAUGGAAAAAUACAAGUGAGAGGCUACGCAUGGUCUGGUGGUGGUCGGAAGACAAUACGCGUCGAUGUGACAAACGAUAAAGGCACGACUUGGCAUACGGCAAACCUGACCGAAGAUCCUCAGGCGAAGCAAGGUCGAUAUUGGAGUUGGACAUUGUGGAAUGUGGAACUUCCCGUUGCGAAAAACAGCGGCAAAACUGAGAUUUGGGCAAAAGCAGUUGAUUCUGCCUACAAUGUGCAGCCAGAGAGUUUCAGAAACAUCUAUAACCUCCGAGGAUUACUCUGCAACGCAUAUCACAAAGUUAUGAUUAAAUUAAAGCAAUAGGUCUUUCAAAA